AGCAGGUGUCCAACAUGGCGAUCACGGGAAACGGAUCUCUCACUAUUUCUCUCUCUGUUUUCGUGAUUUCAGCGGCGUUUCUUCUAAAAGUUGAAGGUCAGAACCUGGGGACUGAUAAUGUGUCAGUGAUCGAGGGGGAGAUGGCGACCAUCAGCUGCAGGGUGAAGAACAAUGAUGACUCAGUCAUCCAGCUCCUCAACCCCAACAGACAGACCAUCUACUUCAGAGACGUCAGACCCCUGAAGGACAGCCGGUUCCAGCUGGUGAAUUUCUCCGACAACGAGCUGCGGGUGUCUCUGUCCAACGUGUCACUGUCAGAUGAGGGACGCUAUGUGUGCCAGCUCUACACAGACCCUCCUCAGGAGGCCUACGCAGACAUCACUGUGCUGGUCCCACCAGGCAGUCCAAUCAUGGAUUCCCAAGAGGAUGUGGUCAGUGAGGGGAACGAGACAGAGCUCACCUGUACAGCCAUGGGCAGCAAGCCUGCCGCCUCCAUCAGAUGGAUGAAAGGAGAGCAGGAGCUGACAGGCAAGAUGACGGUGGAUGAGACCUACGACGGGAUGUUCACAGUCACCAGUCGGCUGAGACUCACCGUGUCCAAGGAGGACGACGGAGCGCCAGUCAGCUGCAUCAUCGACCACCCAGCCGUGAAGGACCUCCGGGCACAGAGAUACCUGGAAGUGCUAUAUCAACCAGAAGUGAAGAUUGUUCAGGCGUUCCCUGAAGGUUUAACAAGAGAGGGAGAGAAUCUAGAGCUGACGUGCAUAGCAAAUGGCAAACCACAGCCCCAUCAGAUCAGCUGGCUCAGAGUGGAUGAUGAUGUGCCGUCUCACACCGUGAUCACCGGCUCUGACCUCUUCAUCGAAAACCUCAACAAGUCAUACAACGGCACGUAUCGCUGUGUGGCCUCCAAUGCCGUGGGAGAGGCCUACGAUGACUACAUCCUCUUCGUAUACGAUGCUCCUACCACGAUCCCCACACCCACCACCUUGAACCUAGACAACACCCAAGACUCCAGAGCUGGCGAGGGAGCGCCACAGAAGAUAGACCACGCUGUCAUCGGAGGCGUGGUUGCCGUGGUGAUGUUCGCUAUCCUCUGUGCACUCAUCGUCCUGGGGCGCUACUUCGCCAGACACAAAGGCACCUACUUCACACAUGAAGCCAAAGGGGCAGACGACGCAGCAGAUGCAGACACGGCCAUCAUUAAUGCAGAGGGGGGACACAACAACACGGAAGAGAAGAAGGAGUACUACAUCUAAUGUUG